AUGGUGGUGGGGUUGGACCGCCAUAGGCAGCCAGUGGGGCAAGCAUUGCAAUUCUGUUCAUGUUUAGGUGAAGGAGUGGACUCCUUCUGGAAAGUUUUGCUGGAAGGCAAAAACUGCACGAUGGAAAUACCCAAGGAACGCUUUGACAUAAAAUCAUGGUACGAUCCUGAUGCCAGCCUGCCUGGAAAAUCCCACACCUGCAGGGCAUCACUUAUUGAUGGAUUCAACGAAUUUGACAACAAGCUAUUUGGCAUUCCUGAAGCAGAAGUGGAAAGAAUGGAUCCACAGCAUAAGCUUUUGUUAGAGUGUACCUUCCGAGCCCUGGAAGAUGCUGGAAUACCAAUGGAAAAAGCGAGUGGGUCCAGAACAGGCGUGUUCAUUGGCCUCAUGAAUCGGGAUUAUGAGAUGGUUUUGAACAAGGUUGCCAGUACCAUCAAUCAUUACAAUGGCACUGGGACAGCCAUGAGCAUAGCAGCCAACCGCAUCUCCUACUGUUUCAACUUCACUGGGCCCUCUUUUUCAAUUGACAGCGCCUGCUCUUCAUCCCUGGUGGCCCUGCACUACGCCUGUCAAGCUAUAAAUCAAGGGGGAUGUGAAAUGGCUGUCUGUGGAGGUGUCAGCUGCAUCCUUGAGCCAAAGAUAUUCGUCACCCUCACCAAAUCAAAGAUGAUAUCCCCAGAUGGUGUCAGCAAACCUUUUUCCAUUAAUGCUGAUGGUUAUGGGAGAGGAGAAGGAUGUGGCAUUGUCCUGCUGAAGCCACUGAAAAAGGCUUUGAAAGAUCUUGACCAUAUCAGAGGCAUCAUAACAUGCAGUGCUUUAAAUCAAGAUGGAAGAACAGUGGCGCCCAUCACCAGGCCAUCAAUGAUGCAGCAGGAGGAGCUUCUACACAGUAUUUAUUCCAAACAUGUCGACCCUUCACACAUACAAUAUAUAGAGGCUCAUGGGACUGGAACACCAGUGGGUGAUCCUACUGAGGCCAGCAGCAUCUCUAAUGCUAUUGCUAAAUUUCGUUCAGCUGGAUCUCCAAGUCUUGUUAUCGGCUCUGUAAAAGGUAACAUUGGACACACUGAAUCUGCAGCCGGUAUAGCGGGGCUCAUCAAAAUCCUCUUGAUGAUGCAACAUGAAACCAUUGUUCCAUCCCUCCAUUAUUCCAAAGACAGCACCAGCAUUGACACAGAAGCUCUCAAUCUUAAAAUUCCAAUUAAAGCAGAAAAAUGGGAAAGUAGUGGACCAUUUGGUAGGGCUGCAGGAGUGAAUAACUUUGGAUUUGGUGGGACUAAUGCACAUGCUGUGGUGCAGCAAUAUAAAGAGACCCGGGUUCUGAAUCACAGAGUUCAAAAGACACUGAAGCUGUUUGUACUCUCAGCAGCCUCAGAGAAAGCCAUUCAUAUGACAAUGGCUGACACUGUUCAGAAAAUAGCCAGCAGCAAGUCAUUAGAGCUGCAUAAAUUGGCCUAUACAUCUGCAUGUAGAAGAAGUCACGCCAAACACAGUUACCGAAAAGCCUUUGUCACACCGACUCUUGAGAAUUUAACUAAGCAGAUUCAAACAGCAGCCAAUACGAAAGUAGCAGCUGCCAAAUCCAAUAUACACUUAGUGUUUGUAUUCUGUGGGAAUGGAGUCACCUACAAGGGGAUGUGCAAGGAGCUGAUAAAGGAAGAAAACGUUUUCAGAGAAAAACUCAAAGAAAUUCAGGACAUUUUUCAUCUGUAUAAUCCUAUCGAUCUUCUGAACAGACUGGAAAAUGAAGGGGAUUAUGAUUAUUCCACUAUGCCACACAUCAUCCAGCCAUUGCUGUUUGCCAUCCAGGUAGCCCUAUCGAGUCUUCUGAGUCACUGGGGUAUAAAGCCGAAUGCUGUUUUGGGUCACUCCAUAGGUGAGGUUGCAGCUGCACAUUGCUCAGGUCUGCUCUCCCUUGAGGAUGCUGUGAAAGUCAUUUACUAUCGAAGCCUCUUCCAGUCGAAAGUCACUGGAGGAAAGAUGCUUGUUGUCAGCAACAUUGCUGUUUCUGAUAUUUUAAGCUUUCUUCCUACUUAUUCAGGAAAAGUCAACAUUGCUGCCUUCAACAGCCCCCAGUCAUGUACCUUAUCAGGAGAUGAAGAAUCCAUAGAUGACAUUCACGAGAAGCUGUCAUUGACAUUCAGUUCAAAGAACAUUUUCUUAUAUGUUCUAGAUGUGCCGGCUGCAUACCACAGUCAUAUGAUGGAUCCUAUUUUGAAGAUUGUUGAGGAAGAAAUAGGGCUACUGAAAACUGGGACGAUGAUUGCAGACCUGAUUUCUACAGUAACAGGACAGUUCAUUUCCACUGGGGAUUUUACCACUGGUCAGUACUGGGCCAAAAACGUUCGACAACCUGUGUGUUUUGAGCAGGCAAUUAAAUCAGUGGUUUCUGACAGAAAAAACAUUGUGUUCAUAGAAAUCAGUCCCAGAAGGGCACUUCAAAAGAGUAUUACCGAGAUUUUAGGAUCUGACACUUUAAUAUGUCCUAUUGUGCAACCAAGUAAGGACUAUGAGAGUCUGCUUACAGUCGUGACCAAACUCUUUGAGUUAGGCUUUGACAUCAGUUGGCAACAGUUAUAUCAAGGAAGUGAGACUCUGCCUAGCCCUAUCCCAAGAUACCAGUUUGAUCAUGUCAAGAAAGAGGUCUUUCCAAAUUCAGAGCAGAUAAUAGACCAAAAUAUGUUUGAUUCUUAUCAUCCACUUCUUCAUGGGGCAAGUCAUGACAAGACAAUGUUCACAUGCCACAAGUUAACAGAUGUGGUACCAUACAUAUAUCAACAUGAAAACAACGGCAUCCCUAUAGUUCCAGGGUCCUUCUAUGUGGAGAUAGCUUUGGCGUCAACCAUGGCUAAUCAGCAGACUAAACGGCCUCUAAAUUUCUUUCAGUUGGAAAUAAAAUUUUCUAAACCCUUUAUCGUGAAUAAAAACUCAGUGCCCCUACAGGCACAGUUAGACUCACAGGAUGGAUCAACCUCCUUCAGAAUAUUUUCCUCUGAAGUCAUGUAUGCAUCAGGCAAUAUACAAAUGAAUUCCAAAAAUGUGACUGAGGAAAGACAGAUCUCAGUGGACAGUGUUCGCACCCGGUGUGAAAAAAUUCUGACAUCUGAGGCAAUUUAUAAACAGUUAUCAAGCAUGGGUUUCCAAUACAGAGGAGUAUUCAGGCAACUUGGUAAUAUCUAUCAUAAAGAAGAGCUCAAAGAGGCCAUUACAAGAAUUCAAGUACCAGAGGAAAUUCAGAGAGAGAUGUAUGAAUAUUUCUUUCACCCAGUAAUUUUAGAUUACUUUUUACAAAUGUCAUCCUUUUUUGUAGUAAGUGUCUCCAAAUCCAGGCCUGGAUUUCCUUCAGCAAUAGGCAGCCUGAUUAUAUCUGCACCAUUGCAGAGCGAGAUGUUCAUUUACAUGAAAGUCACUAAAACUGACAAUAAUUCUGCAGAGGUGUGCGGAUGUUUUACUGAUUCCAAUGGCUUUGUCUUAGCUGAACUUAAACAUGUUCAGAUUUUGUUUCUUGGCUCUGGUCUUUCUAUUACCCGUCAAUGUAUUUUUGAAAAUGAAUGGGUAGACGCUUCUGAGGAAGAAAUCUUACAAAGUCAUCCGAAGUGUUUAGUUUUUGCUGAUCAGCUGGGGGUGGCACAGUCGCUGAAACAUCAUCUUCAUCCAGACUCUGUGUAUGUUCUUGAGAAAGAUAUAAAAUUAGCCAUGAUGAAUAUUGGACAAUUUUUUGCCAACUCUGAAUUCACAGAAAUACUUUUUUUCUGGGGAAUCAACAUUCUAAAUGAGUUGUGCCCCGAAUAUGUGUUACAGUACUUAACAAGCUGUUGUGAAGCUUACCGGCAGAUUAUCAUUAUGCUAAGUGAAGUAAAAUACAACUGCAUAAUUAAAACGAUCACCUACAAAGCCUCCGAAAAUACAGUCGAUCAGAUGAGCACAGGAUUUGCUCUGUGGGGAAUGUCCCGGACAUGUGCUACUGAAAUUUCUCAUCUAUACUUUCAAAUGAUUGAUAUUGAAUCUAUAAAUAAUGAAGGUAUUGCUUUGCUGGGAAAAGUAAUUACUUCUUAUGAAAGCCAAAAAUAUCCAGAAGUUGUGAUUAAAAAUGGCAGAAUUAAGCACGCAGUUAUUAAAAGGACAGUUGAAAGCCGAGCUCAGAGCAACUGCAACUAUCAGACAGUUUCAGAUCUUCAUAGCUUUUCCCUUAGUACAGCAAAUCCUUAUGGACUUGAGCAUCUGCAAGCCACUCUUCCCACUGGUGGCUAUCAUAAAACUCUCUCUAAUGAUGAAGUGGAGAUCCAGAUAAGCAAGAUAUGUCUCCAUUCCUCUGAUUACUUUCCUGUGAGUGUCAAUGCUUUACGCUUUGGUGAGACAAUGUACUGGACUAAAUACUCCAACGAAAACCACCAACUCUUGUGUCUUGACUUCAGUGGCAUUGUAACAACUGUGGGAAGUAAAGUCACAUCCCUGAGGCCUGGAGAUCAUAUCAUAUCAUGCUUUCCAAUGGAAGGCUCGUCUAGAGUUCUCCUUCCUGAGUCAGUCUGUUACAAAAGUUGGAAGAUUCCAUUUCUGAAAGAUGUUCCUUGUGUUUCUUUCUUUAUAUUAGCUUGGGAAAUUCUAGUAAACACCUUCCCCACAGUCAGACCCCAGAAGCAACUGGGUGUAAUUUCCUCCUUUCCUGAAUCUGUUUUAUGCCGGAUGUUUGCUCUGGUGGCAAAUAAAUGUGGUUGGCACACUGAAAUUAUUGCAGAAACAAGUUCAGAGGAGUUGUUAAAUGAUUACAAUGCGUUAGUUUUUUUAAACCCUGCAAAUGCUUCUGCUGUUAAAAGUAUUUCAAGAGUUACCACUGCCAGUCAUAUUGUUGUAGUGUGUGAUACCUACCAGUCCCUUAAUCACCUGAGUAUGAAGUGUGGCAAUAAAAACAUUCGCAUUAUUCAGUGUGCAUCACUUUUUGGAAAAACCUUCCUUAGGAAACAAAAUAAAUCCAUUUACAAGUGGAUGAAGUCCCUGAAGUUGAAGAAAUCCUCCGUUAGAUAUCUCACCAAGAUUGUUCAAUCUGAUGAGCACAAUGGGAGUGAGCUUCUGCAUAAUCAAAAAUCAGAAUCCUAUUUUAUGGCCAAGACAAUUUCAUUGAUUGUUCUGUAUGAUGACUCUGAAACAAUUUCCAAAAUUCCUCUAUUGACCCCUUAUAAGCAGCUUUUUCGACGUGACGGUGUAUAUUUGGUAACUGGGGGUCUUUCAGGUUUGGGGUUCGAGACUGUAAAGUUCAUUGCCCAGCAUGGAGGUGGAUAUAUUGUCAUUCUCUCUAGAAGUGCUCCGACACCAGAGAGAAAAGCAGAAAUUGCAGACUUGCAGAACCAGUUUGGAGUAACCAUUCCUAGUAUGUGCUGUGAUGUGGCCAUUCCAAAGGACGUCAAGAAUGCAAUCAGUGCCAUUGAACUCACGUCUCCCACUGUUCCAAUACGGGGGCUCUUUCACAGUGCAGUGGUCCUACAUGAUGGACUGAUUCACACUUUGAGCAAAUCUGACUUUGAGAAAGUGAUGAGACCCAAAGUUGCUGGAGUUUUAAAUCUUCAUAACACAACCAGACGAUGCCAGUUGGACUACUUUGUGUGUUAUUCUUCCAUCGCUUCCUUUUUAGGGAACUCUACUCAAGCAAAUUACGCAGCGGCAAACUCAUUUUUGGAUAUGUUUUGUCAUUACCGAAGGCGGAUUGGGUUACCUGGACAGGCAAUUAACUGGGGAGCUUUAAAUAUUGGUCUGUUGUUGAAUAAAGAUAAAAUUCAACAAUUCCUUGAGCAGAAGGGUUUGAUGACCCUGGAUGUACCCGAAAUUCAUGAAUGUCUGGAAUACUGCUUGGUGCAGAACAACCCACAGAUAGUCGCGUCGAAGUUUCAUUUCCAGAAUUUGCGUAAGUACUCCAUGUCCUUCAAUGUUUGCCUCAGACAGCGUUUCUACUCAGUCGUGGCAGAGGAGAUCAAACUUGGCUUGGCUGACAUAUCAGAGGUUUCUCAAGACAGCAGUUUUUCUAAUCCUGAAGAUUACAUUAAGAAUCUGCUCUGUGAAGUCUGCAGUGUGGAUAUAGAGGACAUUACAAAUGAUACCUCCCUGUCAGCAUUUGGGGUUGACUCCAUGCUAGCAAUGACCAUACAAAAUCGUGUGUUUCAAGAGAGAAAUGUAGAUGUACCUCUGGUGAGCCUACUGGACCCAAACUCGACUGUGUCCAUGCUGGUGUCACUCUUACAAGAAAACCACCAAACAGAAACACGUUCUGCAGGAGAGCAUGUGCCUGAGGUUUGACCUGCCUUCAAAUAUAACCUUCUAUUAAUAACAAUAAAAAAAAAUAAUAUCCAUUUAUACGGUUUAUGGACAGAGCAUCCUGAACAGAUCAGAACUGACAAACUGACGUUAAAUAGAACUGAUAUUGCCUGUUUUGGGACAUGGCCUAAAGGGAUGCUAUUUUGCAUUAUUCAGCAUAGACGGACUGAACCAAUUUACUGAUUAGCUGCUGUAGUUAGAAUGCAAAAUCAAUUGACCAGUUGGAAAAAGAAAAUACAACUUGUAACCAAUCAUAUUUCUUAGUAUUUCUUUGUAAACAAUGCUGUCCUGCCUCAGUAGCUGUAAACCGAGAGAUUUAAAAGGGUCUAAGUUUUAAAUGUCACAAUUCCAGGGGUUUUGCAUUCAAUUCACAGCAUCAUUGUAGUUAAUUGAUAGUCAAUACCAAUUCAAUACUACAGCAAAACCAGAACUCCUGUUCAGCACUUUUUAUUAAAAGUAACACCAUUAUUCAAGUGAAAAAUAUUGUGACAUUUUUUGUAAUAGAAUACAAAUAUAUAAAUACAAAUAGUAAUAGCAGCUAUUGUAGUUAUUGUAAGGCUUUAAAGUUUAAGUCGGAGACUUGUAGAUCGUCUAAUUCGUGUUGCCAUCAGUUAAAAGUAGUGUUGCUUCCCAAUGAAGAGGCCUAUCUGCGAGAAUUAAAAGAUUUGUUGUUUUGUGAAAGUGAAAUCCACUAACACUACAGUCUACAUGAAUCUGUUCGUGUUCGCAUCAUUCAAUACUCAAAACGUAGAUUUACACAAUAAUGGACCAUACGUUAUGAGAACCUGAGUUUCCGCAACAAUUAAAGCUACAACA